ACGCGCACGCAAACGACAAAAUAAAACGCGGGCGCGCUCAUGAGAUAUAAAAAAUAAUUAAAAUAAAUUUCGCAUAGAAAUAAGCUAAAUAGUCAUAAAAGAAUUUGUAUAUAUAUUAUAGACAUAUAUAUACGAUAAAAGUACAUGCCGCCACAAAAUUCAAUUCAAGGCAAUACCAAAUAGGCGUCUACAUAUCACUGGAAAGCCUCCAACUGCCCCACUCGCCCCAGCAAAACGCUCCAGUUGCGGCAACAGUUGGCACGGCCAAGGUCUUUUAUGUGCGGGCCAAGAGCUGCGGAAUAUUUAACCGAAUACCGAACAUAACUAAACAAAAUAAUAUUGAAAUAUAUUGAACAAGUGUGUAGUGAAAAUAUUCAUAAUCAUAUAUACAAAGUGUUCAAGUGAUUGCAUUUUAUUUUGAUAUUAAAUCCCGCUAAUUGUGUUCAGAUUUGUGAAUUCAAAAUGCCUGACAAAAAAGAAGAGGCCCCCUCGUUCUUGAAACGUGCCGGCACCGAUAAAUUGCGCGAAGUUUUCCUCAAGUACGCCUCAUUACAGAAGGAUGGUGAACAUUAUAUGACCAAUGAGGACUUUGUGCGAAAAUUUCUUGGUUUAUUCACGGAGGCUGCAUUUAAUGAUGAAUCGGUGCGUCUACUAGCUGGUAUUGCGGAUACAAGCAAGGAUGGACUCAUCUCGUUUUCGGAAUUUCAAGCCUUCGAGGGCCUACUCUGCACACCCGAUGCGCUCUAUAGGACCGCUUUUCAGCUGUUCGAUCGCCAAGGCAAUGGCAUGGUGUCCUAUGCUGACUUCGCUGAUGUCGUACAAAAAACUGAACUGCACUCAAAGAUACCUUUUAGCCUAGAUGGUCCAUUUAUCAAACGCUACUUUGGUGGUAAAAAGCAACGCCUUAUCAACUAUGCUGAAUUUACGCAAUUGCUGCACGAUUUCCAUGAGGAGUACGCAAUGGAAGCAUUCCGUAGCAAAGAUCCAGCUGGCACUGGAUUCAUCUCGCCAUUAGACUUUCAGGAUAUUAUCGUUAAGGUCAAGCGGCAUUUACUCACGCCCAAUGUUAAGGAUAAUCUGGUGGCUGUGACCGAGGGCCACAAAGUGAGCUUCCCAUACUUCAUUGCAUUUACCUCGCUUCUCAACAACAUGGAGCUGAUCAAGCAAAUCUAUCUGCAAGCCACACAAGGCAAUCGCCAUGAGCCUGUUACCAAGGAUCAGCUGCUCUAUGCCGCACAAACCAUGAGCCAGAUAACGCCCCUGGAAAUUGAUAUACUCUUUCAAUUGACUGGCGCCGUUUACCAGACGGGCCGAAUUGCGUAUAGUGACCUGAACAAUAUUGCACCUGAACAUUAUACAAAGCAUAUCACACAUCGAUUAGCCGAGAUCAAGGCUGUCGAGAGUCCUGCCGAUCGCUCUGCCUUCAUACAGGUGCUGGAGAGCACCUAUCGCUUCACUCUGGGCUCCUUUGCAGGCGCUGUUGGCGCCACUGUGGUCUAUCCCAUUGAUUUGGUGAAGACGCGCAUGCAAAAUCAACGUACAGGCUCGUUUAUUGGCGAAAUCGCGUACAGAAACUCCUGGGACUGUUUUAAGAAGGUCGUACGCCAUGAGGGCUUCCUUGGACUGUAUCGCGGCUUGUUGCCUCAGCUGAUGGGCGUGGCACCCGAGAAGGCCAUAAAGCUGACUGUUAACGAUUUGGUGCGUGAUAAGCUGGUCGAUAAAAAUGGUGACCUGCCCACUUGGGCGGAAGUGUUGGCUGGUGGCUGUGCCGGCGCUUCGCAGGUGGUCUUCACCAAUCCUCUGGAGAUUGUUAAGAUUCGACUGCAAGUGGCGGGAGAAAUCGCCACUGGCUCCAAGAUAAGCGCCCUGUCGGUGGUGCGAGAAUUGGGCCUCUUCGGUCUGUAUAAAGGAGCGCGUGCCUGUCUGCUGCGCGAUGUGCCCUUCUCGGCCAUUUACUUCCCUACCUAUGCGCACACCAAGGCGCUGAUGGCCGAUCAGGAUGGUUAUAAUCAUCCGCUGACAUUGCUUGCUGCUGGCGCCGUUGCUGGCGUGCCUGCCGCCUCGCUGGUCACACCUGCUGAUGUCAUAAAGACGCGACUACAGGUGGUUGCACGUUCGGGACAGACCACCUACACGGGCGUCUGGGAUGCCACCAAGAAGAUCAUGGCCGAAGAGGGCCCACGCGCCUUCUGGAAGGGCACAGUUGCUCGCGUCUUCCGCUCCUCGCCACAGUUCGGUGUCACGCUGGUCACCUAUGAGCUGCUCCAGCGUCUGUUCUAUGUGGACUUUGGUGGAUCACAGCCCAAGGGCUCCGAGAUGCCUAAGCCAAAGGUUCCCUUGGACAAUGUGAUAAGUGGGACAAAAAUAACCGCUGAUCAUAUUGGUGGCUAUAGGGCGGCUCUUCCUCUGCUCGCCGGCAUCGAGUCCAAAUUUGGUUUGUACCUGCCUCGGUUUGGGCGUGGCACUGCCUCCUCAUCAUCCGCCUCUGCCUCCGCCUCCGCCUCCAGCUCAACGCCUAGCACGGCGACGGGAUCGUGAUUGUAUUGGCGCCAUCGCCUAAACAACGUCAGUUAGGGGAUUUACAAUUUUAGACAUUUAGACAGAAAAUUUAGGAGCUACAAGAGCUAUAUACUAUAUGUAGAGCUGGCCAUCCAAACUCACACACACACACAUAUACACAUACUAUAUAUUUUUUGCUAGGACGCGUUUACACACGGCCCAUAUAGAGGAAGAAGAAAUAAACCAAAAAAAAACAAAAACAAAUAUAAACUGAUUGUGAACCUGAAACUAAUGCUGAGAGUCAAUGGCAAAGUGUGAAAUUUAUAAUUGUAUAUCGACUAUUGUAAAGUAGUGUGUACUUUUUCUAAUCAGCAACAAUACAAACAAAAACAACAACAACAACAAAAACAAAAGCAGCAACUAAGUUGUAACGAGUGUAAGAAACUUUUGUAAAAUUUGACUAUUUAAGUGCGUACACAAAAUCAGGAGCUGUUCUCUACUUUUGUAGCUGUGUUAAAUCAAUUAUAAUACAUACAUACGAGUAAAUAAUAAAAAGAGCUAGUUCAAAUGUA